AUGGACCCAAUUCGUAUAUACGUACAUAUCCAUGUAUUCGGUUAGCAACGCGGACUCCACUCUGGAGCUGUCGCUCGCUCUUGGCGCUUUCUGAGACUGAUCUAGUAUCUCACUCUCUCUCUCUCUGUUCUCUCUCUCCACUACCCUCUUCUUCUCCAAUCAGUUCCGCCACUCUUCUUCCCCGCUCCAAUUUCACCAGCCCUAAACUUCACAUCUUCUCCUUUAAAACCCUACUUCUCUUCUUCCAUUUCACACCCAUUUCACCCUCCACUCACUCAACUCCUCAGAUCUAGAAUACCCACCUUCCAAUUUUCACAAGAAGAUGGAAUUCAACGACAAGCUACUGAACGUGGGCCUCGUAAUCCUCGCAACCCUCGCCGUCGCAAAACUCAUCUCCGCAUUCCUAAACCCUGAAAGAACCCGCCUCCCUCCGGUCAUCGCCUCGUGGCCGGUCCUCGGCGGCCUGGUCCGGUUCCUGAAGGGACCGGUGCAGAUGCUCAGGGAAGAGUACCCCAAGCUGGGGAGCGUGUUCACGCUGAGCCUGCUGAACAAGAAGAUCACGUUCUUCAUCGGUCCGGAUGUGUCGGCCCACUUCUUCAAGGCCUCCGAGUCGGAUCUGAGCCAGCAGGAGAUGUACCAGUUCAACGUGCCCACGUUCGGGCCUGGCGUGGUGUUCGAUGUGGAUUAUAGUGUGAGGCAGGAGCAGUUCCGGUUCUUUACUGAGUCCUUGAGGGUGAACAAGUUGAAGGGUUAUGUGGAUCAGAUGGUCAUGGAGGCUCAGGAAUACUUCUCAAAAUGGGGAGAUAGUGGUGAGGUGGACUUAAAAUACGAGUUGGAGCAUCUAAUCAUCUUGACAGCAAGUAGAUGUCUACUUGGUGAGGAAGUACGAAAUAAGCUCUUUGAAGACGUGUCUGCUCUCUUCCAUGAUCUAGACAGCGGGAUGCUCCCCAUUAGUGUUAUAUUCCCCUACCUCCCCAUCCCAGCCCACCGCCGCCGUGACCAGGCCCGCCAGAAGCUUGCGGAUAUCUUUGCAAAAAUCAUUGCCGCACGCAAACGCACCGGCAAAUCAGAGAACGACAUGUUGCAGUCCUUCAUGGACUCAAAGUACAAAGACGGUCGCCAAACUACUGAGUCUGAGGUCACUGGAUUGCUAAUUGCUGCGCUCUUUGCUGGGCAGCACACCAGUUCCAUCACCUCCACCUGGACCGGGGCCUACCUCCUUAGUAAUAAGAAGUACAUGUCAUCUGUGUUGGAUGAGCAGAAGAAUCUGAUGAAAAAACAUGGGAACAAUGUCGAUCACGAUAUCUUGUCUGAGAUGGACGUAUUGUAUAGGUGUAUCAAGGAAGCAUUGAGACUCCACCCUCCUCUGAUACUGCUUUUGCGUACCUCCCACAGUGACUUCAGUGUGAAAACUAGGGAAGGGAAGGAGUAUGAUAUACCAAAGGGCCACAUUGUUGCCACAUCACCUGCUUUCGCUAAUCGUCUCCCUCAUAUUUACAAGGAUCCAGACACGUUUGACCCUGAUAGAUUUGCUCCCGGUAGAGAAGAAGACAAAGUAGCUGGGGCGUUUUCGUACAUCGCUUUUGGUGGUGGCAGACAUGGGUGUCUAGGGGAGCCAUUUGCUUAUCUGCAAAUAAAGGCGAUUUGGAGCCAUUUGCUGAGGAACUUUGAGCUGGAACUGGUCUCACCUUUUCCAGAGAUUGACUGGAAUGCCAUGGUCGUGGGUGUGAAAGGAAAGGUUAUGGUGCGGUACAAGCGCCGUGAACUUCCUAUUAACUAACUGUGAGCGGGAAAACCUUGCUUCACUAUCUCCAUGGGUGAGGCAAGUUUAAAUUGCACACUUGUUCUCUUAGGUAUCGGUUUUCAAUUUUUGUUGUUGUUCUAGUUUGUGUUUUCACUUUUGACUCUACUCUAUUUGUGCCUAAAGUCUUUUAGUAAUGUUCUUUCUGAAUUGUGAUAUCUUAUAUCCGUCCUUUAUUAAUGAUGUUGGUAAUUUUGCGCA